AUGACCGCGCGCGUGUUGUGCGCGCGCGCGUCCGGUGGCGAACCGCGGUCGACGCGCGGCGCUCGUCGCGGGGAGAACGUGAAGAGGGAUGCGUGGGCUGACGCAGUCAAAAAGGUGCUCGACACGUCGCGACGGAGCGACCCCGCGCGCGCGCUGGUGAAUCCCGCGCUCGGAGACGUCGCCGUUGUGUUUUGCUCGCCGAAGAUCGCGUCCAACGUCGGCGCGUUCGCCAGGAGCUGCGCCGCGUUCGAGUGCGUGGACUUGAGGUUGGUGACGCCGGCGUGCGACGCCGGGUCGCGCGCGGCGCUGAGCGCGGCGAAGGGAGCGCAAGGGUUGGUUCGAGUCGCUUCAUCGAGUGGCACGUUUGAUACGUUGGUGGAGGCGUUGGUGGGGUGCUCGAGCGCGGUGGCGUUUCACCCGUGGCCGAGCGGCGACGUCGAUGGCGCCGUUACGUUUGACGAUUUGGAGGCGCUCGCGGACGCGUUUCCGGGAGGCGACGUCGAGGGUGGGAAAUUAGCGUUGGUUUUCGGGAAUGAGGCCGAUGGGUUGACGAAAGAGGAGAUCGCCGCGUGCGAUGCGGUGUGCACAAUACCGAUGGGUCGGCUCGUGGAGUCGCUUUCGGUGACGCACGCGGGCGUAAUCGCCUUGUCUCGAUAUUACGAACGACGCGUGCGCGCGGGCGUCGUAGAAAAUAGGUAG